AUGUUUGCCAAGAAACUGUUGAAUUUGAGAGAAAAGCUGAGCAGUCGUGACAGCACACCGAGCUCGAGUGGCCCCGGGGAAGCCAGCGUUGCGAGCAUACUGCUGAGGACCUCUUUGGACUCAAUCCUUGAUAUCAUCAGGUUCCUCCAUCGUCGAGACCGAGCCCUUUUGUCUCUUACAUGCUCCUAUAUGCGCGAUGCUGUCAAUUUAGUGUCUCAGCCCGACCACGCUGAAGACAAAGACGAAAGGACAUACAUCAACUACCUCUAUUGUCUGGCACGCGACAUGCCCUACCGCUGGGUCUGUGAGCCGUGUAUGAAGCUUCACGACAUUAGCACAAAAGACACACCGCGCGAUACGUCGCAAAUUCACUGCCGCAAGAUACAGUGCUGGCUACUCUACAGCCAUUUCGUCCACCGCGCCCAAGGUUAUCGACUGGGGCACCGCCACGUACAGCUCGCCGUCAAGCUCAGCCGCCUAGGCAACAACCUCCUCAAGGAGCACCGGCUCUACCUCGAGGCUAUCAUGGCCCCCUACGUCGGAACCGCCAUCUUUCGAACUGGCCCCAUCGACGCCGCACCCCGCUCUGCCAAGCACACUGUGCGGUGCAAGAUUGUCGACGGCCGGUUCCUGACGCUGACGACCUUUGCGUACAGCCGCAGCCGGCGACGCGGGCUCAACAUGUCGAUGAUCGGCGCGGUCGCCGUCUGCCAGCACCAAGCGUCCAAAACGUUGGAGGGGGCCCGCUUCGUGUCGUCCGGCGAGCUUAUGACGCUGACGUGCGCGCUCGAGAUUGCCCUGCAUUUUCCCAACUUCCCGGUGUUGGGCCACUGCACGCAGUGCCCCGUCGACUAUGAGGUGUCUUGGAAGGGCAACUCGCUGCGCGUCCGCGCCUGGGCCGACUUUGGCACCGACGAGGGUGCCAAGGAGGGAAGCUGGGGCGCUGUAGUCCGAGACCCGCGUCGGGGAAGAGAUUAUGAUUAUUAUUAUUACAGGCGCGACACUCCAUCAAUAUAUCCGGUAGGAGGCCUCGUCCGAGCGAGCUAUGAGAUGGCAAAGCCUUGA